AUGUCAUUUAAUAAUAGGUUCGUUUCAGAGAGUGAAUUAGAAGAACAAAGGAAACUGUAUGGUGGGAAACAAAAGGAUGAUGGUGAAUAUGAUAGUAGAACUUUAUAUGAAAGGUUACAAGAAAAUAAAAGAAUAAAAGAGGAAUCAAUAAUUGAAAAAACUAAAUUUAAACCGUCACAAGGUUUAGAUAAAGAUGAUAUUGAACAUUAUAAAGAGAAUGAAAAAAUUGAAAAUGAAAAAAAGAAAUUAGAACAAGAUGAAAUUGAAAGAGAACUUGAAGAUUUUAAAAAAUCACAAGCUUCAAAUUUAUUCAAUUCAAUAAUUCCUCCUCAAUCAAAUAGCAAUAAUAAUAAUAAUAAUAAUAAUAAAACUACUCAAUCAAAUGAUAAUUCUUUAAAAAUUGAAAAUACUACUACUACUACUACUACAACUGAUGUGACCACCACAAAGAGAAAACUUGUAAAUAUAAAAUUAAUACCGAAAAAUAAUGAGAAUAAUAAUAAUGACAAAAAUGGAAAUAAUAAUGACAAAGAUAAAGAAAAGGAAGAAGAAGAGGAAGAAGAAUCAAAAAAGAAACUUAAAACUGAAGAAAAUGAAAAUGAUAAAAAUACUCAAUCUGUAAAUUCUUUUGCUAGUUUAAUGGGAAAUUAUGAUAAUUCAAGUGAAGAUGAAGAAUAA